AUGAAUGGAGUGAUGAGGUUGUUAUCUGAUCUUUAUGAAGAUCCCUUGAUUCUGCGACUAGCUGGAUACCUGUUGGUGUGUCAGUUGGUUUUGACCGUUUUUUUCAAGUUUGUUCCGUUGGAAGGUCCUUGGAAGCAGACAGCGUUGUUUUCUGGGAAGCAAGUGAUUGUGAUUGGAUUGAUGGUGUACCAGACUUACUUGGGAUUUGUGUACUGGAGUCAAGAGGAAUAUGACUAUGGAGUGAAUCCUCCGUUGGCCGUGGUAGAAGAAGAUGUGAAAACGUCAAAAUGGGACGGAGGAACGUUCAUGGCCCGACUGGUCCUAGGCACCUUGCUAUAUGACAUCCCAGUGGGCGCAUUGACUGGCAGUGUGGAUGUCAUGAUGCACAUGCACCAUUUUGGAAUGUUCACAGUGGCUAGCAUUGCCAUGGGCAUUUGGACCCAACCGCACGCUCCGCUCUAUACGAGAUACUGUCCCUUCUUCUUUGGAGUCGUUGAACUUUCUUCUAUCCCUCUCACCAUUGUGGACAUUUUCCAUCCCAAAAAACAACCAGAAUGGUUCCAAUUCGCGCAGAAUCAUCCUAUCAUUCUACAAAUCAAUGAAAUUGCUAGAAUCUCAUUUGCCAUCCUGUACAUUCUGCUGCGCAUGGUGUACUUCCCACGAGUCAUUACAAGACAGGUGGUGCCAGAAGCAUUGGCUAAACUCAACAAUCCACAAAAUGAACAUUACAAGAUACCCAUUCUCGUUGGUCUCAUUUUCUCAGUCCUAUUCACACUCCUACAGCUUUACUGGGGGGAAAACUUUUACGGAAACAAUCAACAGAUCCAUCAACCAAGAUAUAGCUAUACCGGUAUUGAAGAGAGCAGCACAUAUUAUUACGAAUUCAAUCUACUCCAAUCAAAAUACGAAUCAUAG